UCAUACAAACACACAAUCUUCAAGAUUACCGUUAAAUUAUCAGGCACAUUAUAUAAAAGAGCUUGCAAGUCCGAGCGACGCUGCAUUAAAGUACGUGUAGUGAGAUCCAUUACAGCAAGAUGAACGUCGUCGUGGUCCCGUUCUUCCUAGCGGCCAACCUGGCCGUCAAUGAUAUGUCAAACUGGCAAUUUGGACCAGAAUACUCAUACAACAUGAGCAUAAUUUAUGACAUCAGACAGACUGUAUCCACCGCCGAAACCAUCAUAGGUGCGAGUUUUAACUCUACAGUGCACUGUCGUCCUAAAGAGCCGGAAAUGCUGGUUUGUCAUUUGAGCAAUAUCUCGGGUAUGGCGAACAUUAUGGGUUACAAGACGACGGAAGAUAUUGACUCGGAGAAGGUGUUUGGGAUCAAGUUCAACGAGCGCGGCGUGGAGAGCCUGCUGAUCGAACCAUGCGAUACAAGGAUCCUGAAUAUCAUCAGGCAGGUUGCCAAUCAGUUCAGCAUGAACGUCAAUCUGAUGCGCAAGAACAAUGUUCAGCCGAUACCGCAGUUCAUGGACAAAGAGAACACAUCGAUGGGCAACUGCUUAACUACAUACGCAAUCACGCACGCAGAACAUCAGCCAAGCACAAACCAAAAGAAAGAUAUCAAUUUUGAACUCAAGGUGCUGCCGAUAUCCACCAUGAGACCUGGAAUCAAUCUUUCGAUCAGUAAGAAUAGAAAGGCCUGCGUUAAUGGACCAGAACGCGUCGAUAUCUUCGCAGAGGGAAUCUUCAGAGCGGAGAGAUUCAGCAGCACAAUCUGGAUCGAUAACACAUACAAAACAUUUACCGAAAUAAAUGGGAAUCUAAUACCUGUGAAAAAUCCUUCUUCAAACAAAUUUUUCUUGUUUACGGAAACAAUAGAACUGAAUCUGGACACCAUUGAACCCGCACGAGACAAACUGCCCUCUUUGAAUAGUGAGUCGUUCGAUGUGAUCGAUCUGAAUACGAAAGUUGUACCAAAGUAGAACUUCAUAAUUAAUACGAUAAAAAACUUGCAUACUAUAUGUCGCUUGAAGUUUAUAACUGUAAAGCUUUCAAGUAAUAAAUGUAUUUUAUUAGACAAGUUAAAUAAAGAUAAACUUAAUAAAUGAA